AGCACCUAUCGCUGCCGGCACCGGUCCAAAUUUCUCACUGGCCGAUCUGGACAGCUCCUCCUACUACAGCAUGAGUCCAGGAGCCAUGAGGAGACCGCUGCCCAGCACCUCCUCCUCCAGCUCUGCCAAGAGGAUAAAGUGUAUGGAGGAGGACGUGGACAGUCCCGGCGAGGAGUCCUACUACCCCAGUCAGGGUCGAUCUCCGGGCAGCGGCAGCCAGGCGAGCAGCUGGCACGACGUGGAGCCAGGGAUGCCGUCGCCCGCCGGCGUCCUAAAGAAGUCAGAGAAGUCUGGUUUCUGCGGCGCCGUGCCUUCGCCGAGCGGCUCCGCCUCCACCUCCUCCACUUCUUCUUCCUCCUCUUCCCCCCGAACGGCUUUCACACACCAUCACCGGCCCGUCAUUACCGGGCCUCGAGGUGAGGUCCUCAACCAGUCAACCCUAAACCCCACCACCACCACCCUCACUCCUCUCACCUCCUCACCCCUCCCUCCCUCCCUCCCUCCCCCGUCAGCUGUGGGUUUUGUCAGGCAGAGGAGGCGCAGGAGUCUGUGUACCUGUAGACACACACACCUGUAGGCUUUAGGCAGGGUUUGUGUACGUGUGCGUGUUUUUUAUGACUACAUCCUCCUCACCUACCUGUAUGCCCCGCCCACUCCAAACCUCCCGUUCCUACACU